GUGUGGCACUAGAAAACCAGUGAUAAGCUGUUCUGAUGGGAUCCUCCAACUGGGGUGUGGAUACAUUGGUUGAUGUCAAUCAUGUCGUUACUGAUAAGCAGACCGUUCAUUGCAGACAAAUCAUGGCGUACUCCCGGGAUCGUGAUUUCUUGUUUUGCAGCUUGUGUGGUACUAUGUUGACUCUAAGUUCAGUCAAAUAUGCAACCUGCCCUUUGUGUAACUAUAAAAGGAGCACAAAAGAAAUCGCUGGUAGAGAAAUUAAAUAUUGGGUAACUGCACAGGAUAUUAGACGAGAGCUAGGCAUAUCGACCUUUGGUGAGGGAACCCUGCAAUUGGCAACGAUAACGAGGAAAUGUGAGAAGUGCGGCAAUAACGAGUUUGAAUAUACUCGAAAACAGAUGAGAUCAGCAGAUGAAGGGCAGACGACCUUCUAUACAUGCACUAAAUGCAGAGAUACGAUUACAGAAAAUUGAUCGAAUCUGUACCCUAGUAUUGUGUGAUCAUGAGAUUUCAGCAAAUAUACGAUAGCAUCAUUUUUGUAGCGAGGGUCGUAUCAUUUAUAAGGAGAUUUAACACUUGUCUUUUAUCUUAUGAUAGUUAAUGGAGAAAAAAGAAAUUUUUGAUUGAUCUUA